AUGAUUACCGUAAUCUUAUGUCUAUUCUUGGUACAUUCUGUGAUUGGAUUGCAGUAUAAACUUGGUCAAAGCUGUUCAGCGGAGGAAGAAGACAGUGUUUUCUGUGGUUAUGACACUAUUUUUCAUUCAUGGUCGUGCUGUGGUGAAGCUCAAAAGUGUUGCUGGUUUUUUGAGGUAGGUUUGAUUUUAAAAUGUCUUUAUAUGUUUAAAACUGUUAUUUUAAAAUGAAGAAUAUUAUUUAGGCUUAAAAAUGGCAUUUUAAGCUUAGAAAUUUCAGUUUAAACUUAAAAAUGUCAUUUAGGCUUUAGAAUGUCAUUUUAGGCUUAACAAUGUCUUUUUAGGCAUAAAAGUGUCAAUUUUGACUUAAUAAUGUCAUUUUAAGCUUAACUUUGUAUUUUAGACUUACAACUGUAAUUUUGGCUUACAAAUAUUAUUUUAGGUUUAAAGAAAUUGCCUUAGGCUUAAAAAUGUCAUUUAAAGUUUAUAAAUGUCAUUUUGAGAUUGAUAAUGAAAUUUUUUCAGAUCUUCUUCUACGCCAUGCUCUGCACAUUGAUUCUACUGUUCCUUGGCUGCAUCGGUUGCUCCAUGAUGAACUCUUUCCAACAGAAGAUCCCAAAAGAAGACAAGUUCUUCUAUUAA